ACUCAAACACCCACUUUCCAUUUUCACUCCCAUCAAACCCCUGAUCCUUACCAAAAAUUCAUCCAACAUGAACGAUUUACUCACAAAAUCCUUCAUGAGCUAUGUAGAUCUCAAAAAAGCCUCAAUGAAAGACCCCGAUCUCGAUCUCGAUCUCGAAUCGGGCCGUGAACCCGACCUCCAAAUGCAACCCAUCCAACAACCCGAUCACAACCUCACCGCGUUCCUUAACGAAGCCGAACUCGUCAAACAAGAGAUGAAUUCGAUACGCGAAACCCUUACCCAACUCGAGGUAGCCAACCAGGACUCCAAAUCACUCCACAACCCCGAGUCCCUAAAGUCGAAUAGGCGUAGGAUAAACGGGGACAUAGUUUCGGUUUUGAAAAAGGCGAAGGGGAUUAAAUCGCGGCUUGAGGAGAUGGAUAGGGCGAAUGCGGAGAGUAGGCGGUUGUCCGGGUGUAAAAUGGGGACCCCGGUUGAUAGGACUAGAACCGCGGUGGCUAAUGGGUUGAGGAAGAAGUUGAAGGAGUUGAUGAUGGAUUUUCAGGAGCUCCGGCAGCGGAUGAUGAGCGAGUAUAAGGAGACGGUCGGCCGGAGGUAUUUUACGGUCACCGGAGAAGAGGCGAAUGAGGAAGUGAUUGAGAAGAUUAUUAAUAGUGGGAGUGAUGGGCAAGGGGGUGAAGAGUUUAUGUCAAGAGCAAUUCAGGAACACGGUAGAGGAAAGGUGUUGGAGACGGUAGUAGAGAUACAAGACCGCCACGACGCAGCAAAGGAGAUCGAAACAAGCCUGUUGGAGCUCCACCAAGUGUUCUUAGAUAUGGCGGUGAUGGUAGAGGCUCAGGGCGAAAAAAUGGAUGAUAUCGAGCAUCACGUGAUGAACGCGGCCCAUUACGUGAAUGAUGGCACGAAGAACCUCAAGACCGCGAAAGGGUACCAAAAACAAAGUAGAAAGUGUAUGUGUUUUGGGAUCAUACUUUUGUUGAUCAUCAUCCUCGUGAUCGUUAUUCCAAUCCUCACUAGUGUUACAAAAUCUUAAGGAUACAUAUAUGUGUCCUAUUGAUGGUUUUAUUGAUAUUUCUUGUUAUUCGUUA